ACAAUCGUCCUGUCAGCAGCGGCGUCCGUUCGUGGAGCAGAAACGAAAGUGAAAGUUUAUAGCGGACAUCGGGCUGCUUCGCGCUUGUGCUUUGCAGACGGACCUCAUCCUGCUCUGAACAUGUCAUCUGAUGAGGAUUUUUCCCUGGUGAGCGAAAAUAGCCUGGAGUCACUGUCACCUCUGGAGCGGAUCAGACAAGAAAUAGAAAAGUAUAAGACAAUCCUGGCGCAGUCACAGAGUGAGCAGAAGGCGCUGCUGAGCGCCAUCAAAGAUCACAAGCAUUUUGCUGAGGAGUUCCGCCAGCGUACCGUCAAACUGAAGGAGGAUCUCGAGGAAGAGGAGGAAGACAGAGCCAAAAACCAGCAGAGUAUUAAGGUGAAGAUAAACACCGUGCAGAUGGAGGCAUCUAGACUGAAAACGGAAGUGGGGAGAGCUGAGGAGGAGCUGAGUCACCUGGACCAACUGAGCAAGGAACUUAAGCAGCAGACAGAGGUGUCCACUGCAAUGCCCGAGAAGAGCGUGGUGUUCACUGGAGCGCUUAGUGAAGACAUGGACACCUGCAGCUUUGACAUGAAGCCCUACAUUGUGUUUCCAAUGGAGGGUGGCACAGCGCUGAUAACCUUUGAGGAAGAGGAAGUGGCCCAGAAUAUUCUGAGCCUAAAAGAGCACCAAGUCCGUUUGGGGGAAUGCUUCAUCAGAGUGGAGGCACAAACCGUCCAGGUUCUGGAGCCCUGCCAUAUAGAGAUGGACACCCAAGUGUGUCCCAGGCGCAUUCUGGUCUCCAACCUGCCUAAGAAGAUCGAGGAGAGCCGCCUGUUGGACAAGCUGGAGAUCUACUUUUCCAAGAGCCGCAAUGGCGGCGGGGAGGUGGAGGCCGUCGAGCUCCUGCACGACUCUGGAAAUGUGGUCAUCACCUUCAUACAGAGCGAUGUUGCAAAAGGCUUGACUGAUAGGCAGCGGCAUGAGGUGGAUUUUGGAGGCGGGAAGAAGCACAGGGUGCACGUGACCCCAUUCCUGAACGGGGAGAUCACAGAUCUAAAGAUUUGCUGGUCUCAGUCAAAGCGCACUGUCCUCCUGACCGGCAUCCCCAACAUCAUGGACCAAGAGGAGCUGCAGGACCUCCUGGAGAUCCAUUUCCAGAAGACCAGCAAUGGCGGCGGCGAGGUGGACGCCUUCGUGUACAACCCUUUGGGCCAGCGUCGGCUCGCUGUCUUUGAGGAGGGCUGUCCCAGCAAGAGCCAGUGACCUGUCCGCGGCCCUCAAACUGUUGACCUUAGAGGUGACAGCCAAUACUGGCAGAUUUCUCGGAAUGUACCGGACAGGGCUGAGUCCUUCUUUAGCACAUGUUCCUCUCCACAUUUUGUCCCUCGCAGGUGUCUCCUCCGUCUUCUCUCUUUGAGUGUAAAGAACAUUGAGCAGUCUGUCUGUAGAUGAUAGUUCGAGUUAAGAGGUGAAAACCUUCAUUUGUUCUCCUGCUCAGUUUGAGGAAACAGGCUGAUCCCUGAAUCCUGAGGUCGCUAAUAGUAUUCAGUUAGCUUUCAAAUGCAAAGUUUAUUUUGGUAAAAAUGACUUUGUCUUUAUGCUAUGACUGUCUUUUGUUUCAAAAAAUGUUCAAACAAAAGUAGCUUUAUUUCUUGCUGGAAGUACAACGGGAUUUUUCUGAGUAACAGUAUGCUCGUAUUAAUUAUUUCUUCUUUUUAAUGCUCUUUAUGGGCUUAGUAAGUAAAUUUCGGAAAUGUCCUCCAUGUGUUCGGGUGGAGAUUGAAGCAAGAGACAAAGAGCAGACGUGGUGCUGCUUUCUUUCACUUUCACAAUGACUGUUUGGUGUGACAUUCAAUUUGGGUCCCUUGUCACUAUACAGGUUGGGCAAAGAUCUCAAACGCAUUGCGCGGACUUCAUUUUCCGUCUUUUUUUCGGAUUUACAUAACGAGAAAUGUUAAUGUACACUUACGCAGGGUAUGUCCGCAAAACAAGAAUGUACUGUCAUAAAGAAUAGCCGGAAUAAUCUGAAUGAGUUAAUAUAACCUUCCUGACCUUCAGCUUCUGUUUUCUCAUCUUUAGGAGGUUAUGAAACAUAAGCUCAUAUUGACUUUAAAUGAAA